GAAACCAGAAUCUAUUCAAAACGAGCCGCAAGGAAUUCUGGGCUGAUAGAAGACAUGGCAGAAGACCCUCUGUGGACCAAUCAUGAGGCCGUUCUUACAUUCUCUGGCCCAAUCAGGGAUCGUCGUUGGAAAUAGGACGUGCACAUUGCUUUUGGAACUUCUUGUUCGCCGGCAGACAGGAGCUGUGCAAGUUCUUUGCCCAACACCCCAGCGUUCCACGUCUACCUUCGCGCCCGCGUGAAAAGAAAUCCAUCAGGAUGAGUGACAGGAAGGCCGUCAUCAAGAAUGCGGACAUGUCCGAGGAGAUGCAGCAGGACGCAGUGGACGUGGCCACCCAGGCCCUGGAGAAGUACAACAUCGAGAAGGACAUAGCGGCCUACAUCAAGAAGGAGUUCGACAAGAAGUACAACCCCACCUGGCACUGCAUCGUGGGCCGCAACUUUGGCUCGUACGUGACCCACGAGACGAAGCACUUCAUCUACUUCUACCUCGGCCAGGUGGCCAUUCUGCUCUUCAAGUCCGGCUGAGCCAGCGGAA